AUGAAUGAAGAUCUAAUCAAGAGUGCUGUUGGUUUCUUGAAAGACCCCAACGUUGCAUCGUCCCCUUUAACGAAGAAAGUUGAAUUUUUGGAAUCGAAAGGCUUAAAUCAGAAUGAAGUGGAGGAGGCAUUGAGAAGAGCUAAUGGAAGUGCUGGCGAGACUAAUACGAGUACUGUCUCGAAUGCAUCAUCUAAUAAUAAUUCCCACACUCAAAUGGCCGCUCCCCCGAUUGAUUACUAUAAUAUAUCUCCUCCAGACUUACCUGAGAGGUCAUGGAAGGACUACUUCAUCAUGGCCACAGCAACAGCAGGCGUAAGUUAUGGUUUAUAUCAGGUAAUUUCAAGAUAUUUAGUACCUGCUAUAAUCCCUCCUUCUCAAUCAUCUAUUGAGGAAGACAAGAAUAGAAUAGAUGAAGAAUUUAUGAAGGUUGAUAAGGUCUUGGAACAAUUGACAAAGGAACAAGAAGAGGUCAAAUCAGCUAACGAGCAAAAGUUGAAAGAAAUUGAUGUUGUUAUUGACAACGUGAAUGAUUUCUUGAGUAAAUAUAACAAAGACAAACUUAAGUUCGAUGAUGAUAUGAGGCUCAUGAAGUUGGAAAUUGAUAACUUAAAAAAUAGCGUAGAGAAAAAUCUGAAUUUAACGAAGGAAAACUUGAGAGAUGACUUACAAGAUAUUAACGAAGAAUUAAACUCUUUAAAGCAGUUAAUAAAAACAAGGGCCGAGAAAGGCGGGGAUUCUUCUAAUGUCAGAAAAAUUGCACCAGUUUCGUCAAUUCCUUCUGCAUCUGAAAUAUUAAAGAAAGCGAAACCAAAGAAUGAUUCCAUAAAAUCAUCUCCAGAAUUUUCAGCUCCCACAACGUUUGAGAAAGUAACUGCUGCGGGGAUACCUGAGUGGCAGAUGAAACAUAAGAGCCAGGAGGAGCAACAACAAAACCUGGAGCCUGCGAGUGGUGAAAAGACAGAAGAGUCCGAACAAAGCUUUAAUGUUCAAACAUCAGAUCCAACCAUUCCAUCUUGGCAAUUGAAUUCGAACACUAAUGAUGAUGACGUCGUAAAGGAAAGUAUCAAGAAUGUUGGAGUACCCUCUUGGCAGUUAAAUAGUACCAGUACUUCAAUUUAG